GAUGGUUACAAAAUUUCCCACUGAGACACAUCCUCUGAUUCGGUGACCUUCUAAAGCAUUAUCAGCAGUACGCACGAUCAUCAUGCUGUUAUUCCGGACGUUGGCGCUCUUCCUGGCGCUGAUGCAGGCAUGUCAGGUGCCCGGGCACUGGCUGUGCGAUGGCCUGGCCUGCCCCAGCAACUACUCCGUCAACGCGCAGCAGCGCUCCGGCCUGGACAUCUACGCAGCGGGCAACUGCUUUACGCACAUCAAGCGCCAGACCGGCGCAAAAGGACCGAAAUGCGUGGCCAUGUGCAUGAGGGAGGGAUGUGUGCACGCCAUCACAGGGGACGAUGGGUGCGUGUUGCUGGGCUCGGGUGUGUUGCCCAGCUACAACACAGGGCUGUACCGUCAGCUGGGAGGUGCCCAGGGCCCGCUGGUCGAGGUUGCCCGAAACAAGCCAGUGUCUGCAUCGUCCGUAGCCCCUUCAGGUGGAGGCUUCAAUUGGAAGCCAGAGAACGUCAACGACGGCAUCACAAACAAUGCAGUGCUGGACUUCUUCCAUUCCGGUGACGGCGACACUCACCCGUACCUCUCGAUUGACCUCUUGAAGCCCUACGCCGUGGUGAGCGUCUCGCUGCUGCCACGCAACGAGACCGGAGUUGGCUCGACCUCCGCUGGACGCACGCACAACCUCACGCUGUACGUGGGCAACACGAUGGUGUCGGAUGGCGUGUUCGCGGGUGUGUACGAGCAGUUGGCUUUCAUCGCGGAACCCGUGAUCAACGCAGCCACUGGCGCCCCGGACUGGAUACACGUGACCCCAACCACCCCACGCUGCGGCAGGUACUUCUUCGUCAAGAAGGAACAGGAAGCCGUAGCAGCAUUCCAAUACCUGGACAUCGCUGAGUUGGAGGUCUACACACAGGACCCUUGA